AAAAAUAAGGGUAGGCUUUUGUGGCUUCGAGUUGGAAGAGCCCAGAAGCCAGCGAGCCUUGGACGGAAGCGGAGUCGUCGUGGGAGUUGAAACUUCAGGCAGAUAAGCAGCUAGCGGAGCAGCUUUUUGGGAGCUCACUAGGAGGUGGAGGAGCUGCAAAAAGGAAAAAAAGUGUGUGUACCCCAAAAGAAAUUGUGAAAAUUGUGUGUGUGCUUGCCUAAAAAGACGAAGAAGUAACCUCAAUGUAAGAGAACCAAAGGAGUUGCAGAGGCCACACGAAAUUCAGGCAACCGCAGACUUUCAGACUUCUAGACCGGAAGUGACGAUCCACUUGCAGCAGCAGCCAACCCCCAAAAUCCAUCCUCCCGCCCCCAUAACCAAAGACAACCCCUAUUUAUGAUUAUCGUGCUGCUACUUCUGUUCCAAUCGCUGUGCCUCUACUGCCAACGCCUGGUGCUCUACGUCCACGACCGAUGCUUCCCAAAGAACGUGCGCCUGCUCCAAGAGGUGGCCGAAACGGUGGGCGAUCGUAAGGCCGUCCAGCGCCUGGCCGAGCAGCAGUUGGAGCAACAGAAACGCAGCCAGAAGCGACGCAUCCUCGAACCCAUCUUGCCUCUCGUGGGGGGCCUUAACUCGGAGGCCUGUCGCUUCUGUGCCCACAGUCCUCAAGGCUAUUGUCGCCAUCACUUUCAUCUCCAGGAGCUGCAGUUGCAUAAGCAGCGCUUCUCCUCCAGCGGAGAGCAGGAUUUCCGGCAACUGCGAAGGAUUAAGCGAGAGCUAAAGAGGAGUAUCGGGCAGCAGCAGCAGCCGGUGAGGAGCUAUCGCCCUUUGAGAUUCGAUGCUAGCUGGAGCAGUAGUUCCCUAAGCAGUGGCUACGCUUCGCUGGGCAGUUGUGGCACUCAGGAGCAAGAGGAACUGCCAGAGUACCAGGAGGAACCGGCUUUAGGAGAGGUUUUGCCUGAGGAAGAACUACUGGAGCUGCAACAGGAAGCAGAAUCUAAUGAUUCGCUGCUUCUAAACACGGACAUGUAGACCACU